AUGUCCAACAAGAGCUCAGGAACCAAAUUUCUCCUCCUGGCAUUUGCAGACAGACGGGAGCUGCAGCUCCUGCACUUCUGGCUCUUCCUGGGCAUCUACCUGGCUGCCCUCCUGGGCAACGGCCUCAUCAUCACAGCCAUCGCCUGCGACCACCACCUCCACACCCCCAUGUACUUCUUCCUCCUCAACCUCUCCCUCCUCGACCUGGGCUCCAUCUCCACCACUGUUCCCAAAGCCAUGGCCAAUUCCCUCUGGGACACCAGGGACAUCUCCUAUGCAGGAUGUGCUGCACAGGUCUAUUUCUUCUUUUUCUGUGCUUCAACAGAGUUGUAUCUUCUCACCAUCAUGGCCUAUGACCGCUACGUUGCCAUCUGCCAACCCCUGCACUACGGGACCCUCCUGGACAACAGAGCUUGUGUCCACAUGGCAGCAGCUGCCUGGGGCACUGGGUUGCUCAAUUCUCUCCUGCACACUGCCAACACAUUUUCCCUACCACUCUGCAAUGGCAACAGCCUGGACCAGUUCUUCUGUGAAAUCCCGCAUAUCCUCAAGCUCUCCUGCUCAGGUUCCUACCUCAGGGAAGUUGGGAUUCUUGUUGUUGCUGUCUGUUUUUCAUUUGUUUGCUUUGUUUUCAUCAUUUUGUCAUAUGCGCUGAUCUUCCGUGUGGUGCUGAGGAUCCCCUCUGAGCAAGGACGGCACAAAGCCUUCUCCACGUGCCUACCUCAUCUGGCUGUGGUCUCCCUGUUUAUCAGCACUGCCAUCUUUGCCUACCUGAAGCCGCCCUCCAUCUCCUCCCCAUCCCUGGACCUGGUGGUGUCAUUUCUGUACUCGGUGGUGCCUCCAGCAGUGAACCCCCUCAUCUACAGCAUGAGGAACCAGGAGAUCAAAGAGGCACUGUGGAAACUGAUGACUGGAUGA